CUCAGCGACUCGGGGCCGUUCAUUCGCGCGAGUUUGUUCACAGCGUCCCCGGGGCAUCUCCGGAGCCAGGCUGGUGCAGGCGCCGAGGACAGGCACUGAGCCCGCCCGCCCGCUCCCGCCCAGGGGCCCAGACAGCACCCGGGUCCGGAGGGAAGGCCUGUCGUGUCAUGAUGCUGCCUCUCAGCACCAUCGAGGGCCAAGGACACCCCACCGAGGAGGUGAAGACCAAGCCGCCUGAGAAAGGAGCCCUGCCUUCUGAGAAGUCCGAGAAGGCGCCAAGGAAGCCCACCAGAAUGAAGGGAACCGUGUCAUUCAAACUCCUGCCCAUCUGCCCAAUGAUUCCGUGGGCAUCUUCCGAACCAGCCCUGCCUGGUCUCCCAGAACAAGGACUGAGCAAGCCCACCGGCUCCUGCCCAGCGGCCCAGAGGGAACUCGGGUCGAGAGGGAAGGCCUGUCGUGUCAUGAUGCUGCCUCUCAGCACCAUCGAGGGCAAGGACACCCCCACCGAGGAGGUGAAGACCAAGCCGCCUGAGAAAGGAGCCCUGCUCUCUGUGACCCCCGAGGAGCCGCCAAAGAAGCCCCCCAGAAUGAAGGGGAGGAUGUCAUUCCGAGUGCUGCCCAUCUGCCCGAUGCCAAGUGUCUGCUUCACCUAUUCCUUGGAGCAAGAUGACUCUGACGCGGAUGCCCAAGUUCCUCCUGAACUUUCCAAGCCUGACUCAAAUUGCACCUUCAUUCCUCUGCCUGUUCUGGAGUUUCAUGAAGUCAAGGUGUGGGAGUGCCCCCUGUGCUGUCUCAGCUUUGUCUCUGCUUCCUAAUUCCUGAGAUCCCUCUGCUUCCCGCUCUUGACUGGGCACCCCCAAACCGUGCAUGCUGGGCUCCUGUGAUGUAAACCCCCAAAUACAGCUGCUUAAAUAAACGGAAGUAGAUGUC